AUGGUCACGCGGCGACAGCUCGUGGCGUACGCUGCAUGGGCAGCAUCAUCUACUGCAGUAGCCUGUUUCAUCAAUCGCCAUGCGCCCGAGCCCUACAUGGACGAGAUCUUUCACGUGCCUCAAGCACAAGCCUAUUGUCGAGGCGACUGGACCUACUGGGAUCCAGCCCUGACGACGCCGCCGGGCCUCUACCUCGUUCCCGCCGCCCUCGUCUACCUUCAGCGCCUCGUGCGCCCUGUACUUCCUCAUGCCCUCGCGGCCGCCAACCCGUGCUCGGUCGCCGCCCUUCGAGGGCUCAACCUCGUCCUGUCGCUCUCCCUCCCCUUCCUCUACGCCCGCCUCAUUCGCCUCGUCGCCGCCUCUUCUUCUUCUUCUUCUUCACGGUCGCCUACUGCUGCACGUCAUCGGUCGACGCCAUCCUCCUUCAAGACCGGCCUGCGCGCCGCCGCAGCCUCGCACGCCCUCGUCAUGGCCUUGUGCCCGCUCCUCGGCUGGUGGGCCUGGCUGUACUACACCGAUCUCGCGGCGGUCACCAUCGUCCUCAGCUCGUGGUCCUACGCCCUCGAAGAGCGGUACGUCCUGUCGGCCAUCAUCGGUGGCGCGAGCCUUCUGUUUCGCCAGACCAACGUCGUGUGGCUCGUCUUUAUCGCAGGACAAGCCGCCAUCGCGCAGGCCAAGCGCGUUGCUCGACCGAGCGAGGUCGUCGAUCCGCAUCUCGAGGGUGCCCGACCAGCCGACCUGAUCCGCAUGCCGUGGAUGCUCGCCCGCUCGGCGCUCCAGCACCCGACGGCGCUCGUGCCCGUCCUCGGCGCCUACCUACCGGUGUUUGUCCUCGCGGCGGCCUUUGUCGUGUGGAACGGCGGUAUCGUGCUCGGCGACAAGUCGAACCACGUCCCGACGUUGCACGUCCCGCAGCUCUACUACUGCGUCUCGUUCGCGACCGUCUUCUUCGCGCCGCACCUCGUCGGCUUCAUGGCGCUAGGGCGAGCCGCGAGAACGAUGUGCGGGACCGCGAGGAGAGUCGUCGUGACGGUGGCAGUACUGGGCAGCCUGUGCUGGAGCAUCAAGCGGUACACCAUCGCCCACCCGUUCCUCCUUGCCGACAACCGCCACUACGCCUUCUACCUGUGGCGCCGAGUCAUCAAUGUCCAUCCUCUCGCGAGGUACGCGCUCGCGCCUGGCUACCUCGUCGCGGCGACGCUGCUGUGGCAGGGCUUUGCACGCGCCCGCACUCUCACCCUCUCCUCCUUCAUCCUUCUCCUCGGCGCCACCGUCGCCGUCCUCCUCCCGACGCCGCUCCUCGAGCCGCGCUAUUUCCUCGUGCCCAUGCUCGUCGCGAGACUGUACCUCGUGCCCGGCACCGAGCCUGGACCGGGCUCGGUUGCGACGAGGGACGCCACGGUCGGCGAGCAGGUCAAGCACAAGCGCAAUCACGCCGCGCUUCGACGCCGUCGCGCACGAUCCUCUUCCCCUCCCGCACCGUCUCCUUCGACACAACGCCUCGCACUCGCUCUCGAAGCCGCCCUGUACCUCGCCGUCCAGGCGACGUGCGUCUACCUCUUUGUCGCGCGCCCGUUCCGGUGGGAGAUUGCGCUCGGCAGCGAUGGGAGGGGACUCGAGGGCCGAGACGAGCGCGAGGUCGGGAGGUGGCAGAGAUUCAUGUGGUAG